AGAUUACAUAUUCCAGCAAUCACAUGGUAUCAGAGCGGCGGUUCUGAUCUCCUUAACCCUAAUAGCUGCCACAAAUCACGUCUUCUUUCUGUUUUCUUUCUUCCCUUUCAGCCAAAUCAAGACACCAUCCCUCGAUGUACCUCUCUUCUGCCCAGAUUUCUUCUCGUCUCAUCAUGGAAGGAAACUCCGGCGAAUCUGUGAUCAAUCUCAAUGAUCCCACCCAAAUCAUCGCGCUUAACCCAGCGUCCCAACUUCCCACCAAGCUGUCCGGCGGCAACUUCCCCACCUGGCGGGCACAACUGUUCACCCUUCUCCGUGGCCUCGAUCUUCUCCGGUUUCUUGACGGCACGCAUCCUGAACCAGCAGCCACUGCAUCUGCUGAUGUCCGCACUCACUGGUUCCAGCAAGACCAGCUCCUACUUCAUGCUAUUCUUGCCUCUGUGUCACCGGCUAUCGCUCCUUAUGUCUCUGACGCCGCAACCUCUCGCCAAGCCUGGACGAUCCUGGAGCGAAUGUUCCCCAGUCAAUCUCGACAACGAGUCAUCAAUCUCAAGGAUAAACUCAGUCAAGAGAAGCAAGGCAAUCGUCCCGUCUCUGUCUAUCUCCAAGCAAUGCGUACCACCGUUGCGGAACUCGCCCUUGUUAAUGCUCCAGUUGCUCCGGAAGACCUAAUACUUCAUGUGCUUCGCGGGUUGCAGGAGGAAUUUGGUCCGCUUGCUGCUGCCGUUCGUGCUAGGGACACGACCAUUCAGCUGGAAGACCUUCAUGAUCGUCUCGUCGAUUACGAAGCAGAUUUGGCUCGUCUUCCUCAGUCUGUUGCUCCCACAACUGCUUUCUCUUCGAUUCGUGGCCGUUCUCAGCAUCCUUUCUCUCGCUCUCCCGGUCAGCAUCGCCGUGGUUCUACUCCACCUCCCUCCUAUGCCUCCGACACUUAUUCCCGCCGUGAGUCCAGCCCGCGUUCACCUCAUGGUCACUACUCUCCUCGCUCGUCUCAAGGGAACUACUCCAGCCCGCCUGCUCCCUCUAUACUCGGCCGGCCCCAGCUGCUCUGUCAGUUUUGCGACAAGACUGGUCACUAGUCGAAAGAAUGUUUUCGCAUUCGUGGCCGUCCCCAAAUGCACCAUACCUCUGUCGCGUCCUCCUCCCCUACCGGGUGGCUGGUUGAUUCUGUGGCUACAAAUCAUAUGACCCCUAACCUUGGCAACCUCUCUCUUUAUUCUGAUUACGCUGGUCCUGACGAAGUGCUUAUCGGUGAUGGGUCAGGUUUGGCUAUUACUGACUCGACUCUACUGUCACCCUAGGAAUUGGCCAAGUGAAACCACUUCCUAAAGCGUAGUAUAGCGGGUUAGGUUUAUAUGUCAACCCGGGUCCUAGAUCUGAUGACUACUCGGUGAAUUCUUGUUAUCUAGCAAUGAAACUGGAAUGCAAGUCUAAACUACCAAACAAACAAAGCAAGUAAACUGUUGUAUUCAGGUUAAAGAGGUCACCCGGAUAUGGUUCCCCCUAGACUGCAGUUAAGCCGGAUUGUAAUUACCAAGUUCAGUUUCUAUGAAAGUUAUACUGCGGAAGAUUCUUAAACAGUCUGAAGUCUCGACUAAAGGUCUUCAGACCCUCUCAAUCUGAAUUUCUAGCGGGCGACUAACCUCCACCGGAGUAGACAGAUUGAGGCCUUAACAAACAAAACCUCCACUACCAGAGUAAAUUCGGUACAGAAUAGUGAGUUGGUUCCUCGACUAAAGUCACCAACUCCCUACCUUCAAUCAAGGAUACUCUAUCAACCUAGGCAGAUAUUCUCAUUCUAGGUUAAAGCAGAAACAACAGGAAUUUGAUCAGGAUUCAAGUCAUUCAAUCAUUAAAACCUCAAUCGAAUAUAAUCAAUCAUAGAAUCAGUACUUGGGUUCAUACAAUCAAAGCCUAACAUACAAAUCUAGGGUUCUCCAUACCCAGAUGAAUGGGAGAACUACUCCAUGGAGAAGAAAGCAAAAGCAGAAUCAGACCCGGAAUUCAUGCUGCGAAGGAUGGAUUCCUGCUUCUGGACGUUGAUCGGCACUUCUCCAAGCUCAAGCUGGCCUCCAAUGGUGUUGAAGAUCAAUCUAGGGCACUUGGGAACUCUUGCUCGUCACUUUCUCUCUCUAGAAGUCGUUCUUUCUCUCAAAAACUCGAAUCCCCUUGACUUGUGGCUGAAAAUCUGCUUAAAAGCAUCAGUGGCCAAAGCACGGUCGAGGGCACGGCCGUGCUUUGCCUGACUCCGCCCGUGUCUCGGCCAAGGCUUAAUUACACGGCCAGCAAGUGGGUUAAACACGGCCGUGCUUCGCGUUGGACACGGCCGUGUUAUGCUUGAACACGGCCGUGCUUUGUCUCGGCCUUGCCCGUGUAAUCAGCUCAGCUCUCGGCAUAAAAAGCACGGCCACCAGAACACGGCCGUGUAAUGCCUUAGGCUGCCCAUGUUUUGUCUCCAGCUCACUGAAAUGACUUCCGAAUGCCCCGAAACUCGUGGUUAGCCUUCCCUUUGACACCUGGGACCUGAAAUAUGACAAAAUAGCACAACCCUGCGUAAAAUAGGCCACAAUACACGACUAUGCCCCUCAAACGGAUAAGAACUAGGGGCGCAAAUAUGUGCAAUUACAUCGUUAUCAAAUUCCCCCACACUUAACUGUUUGCUUGUCCCCAAGCAAACCUAACUCAAACCAAUGCAACUCUCCAGACCUCUAUAGCAACAAACAACCCAGAUCGUAGGUAGAGGACUUCCUAGAUCAUUUAGCAACUUACGAGGUCAACCGACGCACAAGUCAUCUCAUAGCUUCUUCGGCGAGAGCACUAGUAUCGAGUCGGCAUCAUGGCAAAUAGUGAACAGAGGACAAAUGAAUUGUGGAUGAAGAG